AUGGGAGAAUUGACAGUAAAAAAGGUCCUGCUCGAUCGAGGGAGCAGCGCCGACGUCCUGUUCUACUCAACAUUCAAAAAGAUGCACUUCAGUGACAACGCAUUGCAACCCUCACCCGGGGAAUUGGUAGGGUUCUCCGGAGAAAGGGUAUCGGACAACAUGGUAGGAACAGUGUACGCUGAUCAUAAAGAGGCUAUGCAAUGCUACAACCCGGGCCUAAAGGCAACCACAAAGGAGAACAUACCUCGGAUUCAUUCGGUGUACAAUUUAGAAAGCAUUCCUACUUUGGCCGAACUGGACCCCCAAAGUGACAACAGUUGUCCUGCAAAUGUGGACGACCUAGAAAAGGUACAAUUAGGGCGAGACGAGCAAUUUACUAACAUCGGAUCUGCUUUUCCUACAGGAAACAAAGAAGGUCUUAUCGAAAUAUUGAAGGCCAACGCCGACCUUUUUGCAUGGACAUUAGCAGAUAUACCAGGAAUCGAUUCGAAUUUAAUAUGCCACAGACUGGCAGUCAAUCCUAAUGUCCGACCUAUAAGACAAAAGAAAAUAAAAUUGGGUUCAGAAAAGGAAAAAAGCAGCAGAAGCAGAAACCCAGAAACUACUAGAUGCAGGAUUCAUUCGGAAACUACGGUUCUCCUCAUGGUUAGCCAAUGUAGUGAUGGGUACAAUCAGAUACUCAUGCACCCAGACGACGAGGAGAAAAUAGCAUUCGUGACCGAUCAAGGCAACUUUUGUUACAAGGUAAUGCCCUUUGGGCAAAAUACAGAGGCAACCUAUCAAAGAUUGAUGGACAAAGUCUUUAAAGAACAGAUCGGAAGGAAUAUUGAAAUAUACGUAGACGACAUGGUAGUCAAGUCAAGCUCAGAAAAGCAACAUAAGCGCGACCUCAAUGAAAUCUUCGAGCAGCUCAAAAAACACAACAUGAGGUUAAAUACGGAGAAAUGCGCAUUCGGCGUGCAGGGAGGAAAAUUCCUCAGAUUUCUAUUGACUAAUAGAGGAAUAGAAGCUAAUCCCGACAAAUGUCAAGCAGUAAUCAACAUGCAAUCUCCUCGGUCGGUGAAGGAAGUUCAACAACUCACAGGCCGUCUAACAGACAAUGGAAAGGAACAACACCCGGUAUACUUUGUAAGCAAAGUAUUACAAAGCGCCGAAACAAGGUAUCCGAUGAUAGAAAAACUGGCAUUCGGACUGAUAAUCACAGCUCGGCGACUACGGCAUUACUUCCAAGGACACCGAAUAAUAGUUCGGACUAGUCAGCCCUUUCGCCAAGUUUUAUCAAAGCCCGACCUAGCAGGAAGGCUAACAAAAUGGUUCAUCAAACUCUCAGAAUUCGACAUUACCUACCAGUCCAUAGGUUCUUCCAAGGCUCAGGCCCUCGCUGAUUUCAUUUCCGAAUUCACCAGUGACGUACAGGAGGCCGAGCCAUGGGAGCUAUAUAUGGACGGAGCAUCGAACGACAACGGAUGCGGAGCAGGAAUACUGCUAAAAGACAAUGCAGGGGUAUACGCAGAACAGUCAAUCAAAUUCCUGUUCCAAGUAACAAAUAAUCAAGCCGAAUACGAGGCGUUACUAGCAGGACUAAGACUUGCAAAGGAAAUAGAGGUGCCAAAGCUGCGAGUGUACUGCGAUUCCUUACUCGUAGUACAACAGGAAAGAGAUUGGCGAAAUCCUCUAAUCCAUUAUCUGAAGACUAGAACAGUACUAGAGGGAGAGCCGAGGUCUUUUAAAAAUAAAGCAAGUAAUUACACCCUUAUCGGGAACGACUUGUACAGACGCGGCUUCUCCCGACCAUUACUUAAGUGCCUUGGAGAGGAUGAUGCCAAAGCGGCAGUUGCCGAAAUCCAUGAAGGCAUCUGCGGCCAUCAUGUAGGAGGAAGAAGUUUAGCAACAAAAAUCCUGCGGGCAGGUUACUAUUGGCCGACCUUAAGAUCGGAUUGCACAAACAAGGUGUUAAAAUGCGAUGCAUGCCAAAAGUGCUCACCACUAACACACAGUCCAGCCGAAAACAUUGCACACGUCCGACAUUUGCUGGCCGUUCCACAAAUGGGGCAUGGAUAUCCUCGGACCAUUUCCGGUAUCACCAGGGCAGAUAUGGUUUACCCAGAGAAAUUAUCUCUGAUAACGGUCACGGGAAGUUGGCGGCAACCUGGGAGGGACCCUUCUAAAUCGCUAAAGUCAUCGGAAGGGGAGCUUACUGUUUAG